UGCUUUCCUUGGCAAUAUUAAGAAUGCUUAUAUUAACAACCCAAAUCUUGAGAAUCUCCUUUUUGAUCCAUUUUUCAAAAAGGCUGUUGAAGAUGCUCAAGAUUCUUGGCGCCAUGUUGUUUCACAAGCUGUUCUACUUGGUAUUCCUACUCCUGCGUUUUCUACCGCAUUAGCCUUCUAUGACGGUUAUAGACAUGAAAGAUUACCUGCAAAUCUACUUCAAAGUCAAAGAGAUUAUUUUGGCGCUCAUACAUUCAGAUACCUGAAAGAAUAUAUCGAUAAUGAUCAUCCAAGUGGUGAUGUUCAUGUCAAUUGGACUGGAGAAGGCGGUAAC